CGAAAAAAAAAAAAAACAACAACCGAAAGCAACAGCGCAAGCAAAAUGCCGAACCCCCCCACCCCCCCACCAUACACCCUCACCCCGCUCGCAACACUGGACCCCCCCUCGCAAGAGCGCACCUGGCAAACGGCCCCGCACCCGCGCCUCCCCAUCGUCGCGACCUGCAGCGCCGACAAGACCAUCCGGAUCUACUCGCUCACCAAUUUUCGGUUGUUGUCGACCAUCACCGGCGGCCACAAGCGCAGCGUGCGCACCGCGGCGUGGAAGCCGCACGUCACGGGAGAGAGCGUGCUGGCCAGCGGGUCCUUCGAUGCGACGGCGGGGAUCUGGCGGCGGUGGGAUAACUACACCUCCUCCCAAAUCCAAUCGCAAUCACAGGGGAAUGAGGAUGGGGACGCAGCGUGGGGAACAUCCCCCGCCCACCCCGACCCAUCCGAGGACAUCCCCGAGGCGGAAGACGACGACGAGGAAUGGCGCUUCGCCGUGCUCCUGGACGGCCACGACAGCGAGGUCAAAUCCGUAGCGUGGUCCGCCUCCGGCCUGCUGCUGGCGACCUGCUCGCGCGACAAAUCCAUCUGGAUCUGGGAGGAUUUGGACGACGGGGACAAUAACUUCGAGACCGUCGCGGUCAUGCAGGAGCACGAGGGCGACGUCAAGUGCGUCGCGUGGCAUCCGGCGGAGGAGUGCUUGGUCAGUGGCAGUUACGAUGAUACGAUCCGCGUGUGGCGCGAGGAUCUGGAUGAUUGGGGCCAGGUGGCUUGUUUGCGGGGGCAUGGGGGCACGGUUUGGGGGUACAGGACGUUGUCGGGGCCCAGGAUUAUCUCGUGCUCGGAUGAUCGCUCCGUCAGGGUGUGGCGGCGGCAGCCGAAGUUGGGCAUGACGACGGAGUUGGGCCCGGGGAACAUGCCGAGUAUUAUUCGGCCGACGGGGUUGGAUGAGGUCUGGGAGGAGGAGGCUGUUUUGCCCGCGGUGCAUGAUUUGGCCGUCUAUUCGGUGGCUUGGAGUCGGAGGACGGGCUUGGUGGCUUCGGUUGGGGCGGAUGGGAGGGUCGUGGUUUAUGAGGAGAGGCGGGCCUCGCUGUCGUUGCUCCCCCCGACGGAAUGGGUGGUCGUUGCACUCCUCAAUGGGGCGCAUGGCAUCUACGAGAUCAAUCAUGUAGCGUGGGCGAAGCGCGCGGAUCGGGGUCGCGAUCCCUCCAAGGAGGAGGAGGUCCUGAUCACCACGGCUGAUGAUGGCAGUGUCAAGGUGUGGACGGUGCAGCAGUGAUCGGUGCAUGUGUCAUAGGUCAUAGGUAUAGACUUCGAGUAUAGAGAAAAGUCUCUGCUAAGAGCAUAGAUCCUCCCAGCUAUACAGCACAGUGAAAGCACAAAAGAACAGUCC